CACCAACCUCGAUGGACCGAAAGAUCAAGUUCCAUGUGGAGAAGUUCCUCCGUGAGAAUGCAGAUGCCGGCUUGAUCAUCACAGAAUCGACGGUCGUGCAAUAUCUCGUGUCGACGUACCCAGAGUAUUCACGAAAACCUGCGGGCCCAUUGCGCAAAAUCGUCAGCAAGUUUCUGCCAAAGCCGAAAACGGAUGGGAAGCGUCCCCGUUCAGAUUCGUCCGACGAGGACGAGAAGCAGGCGCAAGCCUUGGAAAGCACGGCACCGCCACCGUCGAACCUCCUCAACAACAUCAUCCGAAAGAGCUAUGCAGCUGCGGCUCCAGCUGAGACCAAAGCAGACAAGGCCGACAAGGCCAGCGAUGCCGUCGACGAGAAACCCAAAAAGGUGAAGCGCGUGCGAGCCGAGGCCCCGCCGCCGCCGCCCACGUCCGACUUUGUCGUGACGCGACCCACCACACGGUACACAGACUUUGGGGGCAUCAACUCGAUCCUGAAGGAAGUCCAGGAACUCAUCGAGUACCCGCUGACGCAUCCAGAGAUCUACACGCAUCUGGGCGUCGAGCCCCCACGCGGCAUCCUCCUGCAUGGUCCCCCGGGGACGGGGAAGACCAUGUUGGCCAACGCGAUAGCCGGCGAAUCCGGCGCAUGCUUCCUCAAGGUCAGCGCGCCCGAGAUUGUGUCGGGCAUGUCGGGCGAAUCGGAGCAAAAGGUGCGCGAGCUAUUUGAACAAGCGAUCGCGAACGCCCCAUCCAUCAUUUUCAUUGACGAAAUCGACGCCAUCACCCCCAAGCGCGAGAAUUCGUCGCGCGGUAUGGAGAAGCGCAUCGUCGCGCAGCUCUUGACGUCCACGGACACGCUGAAUCUGGAAAACACGGGCGGCAAACCGGUGCUGAUCAUCGGCGCCACGAACCGGCCCAACGAUCUGGACCCAGCAUUGCGUCGGGCGGGCCGAUUCGACCGCGAAAUCUGCCUCGGCAUUCCCGAUGAACCAUCUCGAGAGCGCAUCCUUCGGGUCCUGGCGUCCAAAAUGCGGCUGUCGGGAGACAUGGAUUUCAAGGACCUGGCGCGGCGCACCCCCGGCUUUGUCGGGGCCGACCUCGUGAGCUUGACCAAGGAAGCCGCCGUGUUGGCUGUGAACCGCAUCUUUUCGACGCUGCUCACGACGACCCCCGUGCCCCCCCACGGACCCGCGGAGGACGUCGACGACGACCCUCGUCGCACCGUCAACGACGAGAUCCGAAGCGUGGCCCCGUUCACCGCCGAACAACUGGAACCCCUCCGCGUGGACAUGAUGGAUUUCCUCAACGCGCUGCCCAAGGUGCAGCCCAGUUCCAAGCGCGAAGGGUUUGCGACGAUCCCGGAUGUGUCGUGGAGCGACGUGGGGGCGCUCGUGCAGGUGCGCGCCGAGCUCGUGCUGUCGAUUUUGCAUCCGCUCCAACACCCCGAACGGUUUGCGGCGCUGGGAUUGAAGAUGCCUGCUGGUGUGUUGCUGUACGGUCCGCCUGGGUGCGGGAAGACGCUGCUGGCCAAAGCGAUCGCCAACGAAAGUGGCGCCAACUUCAUCUCCAUCAAAGGCCCGGAACUGCUCGACAAGUACGUCGGCGAGUCCGAGCGCGCCGUGCGCCAAGUGUUUGAACGCGCGCGCGCAAGUUCCCCGUGCAUCGUCUUCUUUGACGAACUUGACGCGCUCUGUCCCCGUCGAGGUAUGAGCGACGGCGGCAACGGCGUGAGUGAGCGUGUGGUGAACCAGCUCCUCACGGAAAUGGACGGUUUGGACGCACGCAAGAAUGUCGUGGUGAUCGCCGCGACCAACCGCCCGGACAUCAUCGACCCCGCCAUGCUUCGUCCAGGACGUUUGGACAAGUUGCUGUAUGUGCCGCUGCCCACGGCCAGCGAUCGGUUCCAUAUUCUGAAAACGCUGGCUGCGAAAUGUUCGCUGGACCCGACGCUUGACUUGGAAAAAGUGGCGUACGACAGUCGCUGCGACAGCUUUAGCGGCGCCGACUUGAGUGCCCUCGUCCGGGAGGCGGGUGUAUCUGUCCUCCGCGAGUCGGCGGAGCACACCACGGAGCUGAUCAUCCUCGCCAAGCACUUCGAGCAGGCAUUCCAGACCGUGUUCCCGUCCGUGUCCAAGGCCGAUCAAAAGAUCUUUGAGAAAAUGAAGCAGAACCUACGCAAGUCCCGCAAGACGUUGACCGCCCAAGACGGCGAUGCUAAAGAUGCAGACACACCAUCACCACCUGUAGUAAAAGACAACGAUGUGUCGAUAGCCAAGUAACCAUUGUACUACGAAGUACUAGUAGUAUUCAAUGUCAUCGUCGAUCGUUG